CUGAAUUACGGUGGCGUCUCCUCUGGCUCGGUCGUCUCCGGCUGUCUAGGGGGCGUCCUGAAAUACUCUCCCGGCAAGGGUGGAACGACCGAGGGAGCGAGGCUGGCGGCAGAGGCGCAGCUUAGGCAGGGGAACGCGAGCAAUGCGCCCGGCGGCGCGGGGCGGCGCGGGGCCGGAAUUUUAGAGUUCUGUCACUGUUAAUUAAAUACAGUUGGAUGUGUUUGGAGUAGUCAGCUAAUGUAGAACACCUAGGCUUACGAGAAAAGCUGUCCGAUAGUUUCCUUAGAACUUCUACAGCCUCCCCACACACCAAGUGAAAGUUCAAGGCAGACACUGGGAGAGAUGUCAGAAGACUCAGAGGAGGGAGACUAUUCGGACAGAAGUAUCAGCGAUGAUGAUGAAUCGGAUGAGGUUGCAUUUGUGAAAUUUGUAAGCGAUGAUAUUCAUCGGUGUGCACUACUAGCAGAUUCUAUUGGUGACCCAUUCUUCCCUCGAACUACACAGAUUUUAUUGGAGUAUCAGCUAGGAAGAUGGGUACCACGCCUCCGUGAACCACGGGAUUUAUAUGGUGUCUCUUCUUCUGGUCCACUGAGCCCAACACGGUGGCCAUACCACUGUGAGGUCAUUGAUGAAAAAGUCCAGCAUAUUGGUAUGUUUUUAGAGGUCUUGGGGGUUCAGAAUUACUGUGUGACUUACAAAGAGCCCUGUUUUGUGUAUUCCCGCGUUGGGGGUAACCGGACAUCCUUGAAACAGCCCGUGGAUAACUGUGACAACACUUUGGUGUUUGAAGCAAGGUUUGAGAGUGGUAAUCUACAGAAGGUAGUCAAAGUGGCAGAUUAUGAAUAUCAGUUGACUGUGCGCCCAGACCUCUUCACAAAUAAGCAUACUCAGUGGUACUAUUUCCAGGUCACUAACACCCAAGCAGAAAUAGCCUACAGAUUCACUAUUGUCAACUUCACCAAGCCCUCUAGUCUUUACAAUCGGGGUAUGAAGCCACUGUUCUAUUCUGAAAAAGAGGCCAAAAUCCAUAACAUUGGCUGGCAGAGAAUAGGAGACCAAAUCAAGUAUUAUAAAAACAACCUUGGACAAGAUGGGCGCCACUCUUUUUCUCUUACAUGGACAUUUCAGUUUCCACACAGCAAGGACACUUGCUACUUUGCUCACUGCUACCCAUACACUUACACCAACCUUCAAGAAUACCUUUCUGGCAUCAACAGUGACCCAGUAAGAUCAAAGUUUUGUAAAAUACGUGUCUUGUGCCACACGCUUGCUAGGAAUAUGGUGUAUGUCUUGACAAUCACUACUCCCUUGAAGAACAGUGACUCAAGAAAGCGCAAGGCUGUGAUUUUGACAGCAAGGGUUCACCCAGGAGAGACCAACAGCUCUUGGAUCAUGAAAGGCUUCCUAGAUUAUAUUUUAGGGGACUCGAGUGAUGCACGGUUGCUUCGGGACACUUUCAUCUUCAAGGUGAUACCCAUGCUGAAUCCAGAUGGUGUGAUCGUGGGAAAUUACCGAUGUUCCUUAGCUGGACGGGAUUUAAACCGUAACUAUACAUCUCUCCUGAAGGAAUCUUACCCUUCUGUUUGGUAUACAAGGAACAUGAUCCAUAGGUUAAUGGAGAAACGAGAAGUUAUUUUAUAUUGUGAUCUUCAUGGCCAUAGUAGGAAACAGAACAUUUUCAUGUAUGGCUGUGAUGGAAGCAGCAGAUCUAAAACAAAAGGAUUAUACUUACAACAACGAAUCUUCCCACUUAUGCUGAGCAAAAACUGCCCAAAUAAAUUUUCCUUCUCAGCUUGCAAGUUUAACGUUCAGAAGAGCAAGGAAGGGACAGGAAGGGUUGUGAUGUGGAAGAUGGGCAUCAGGAACAGCUUCACCCUGGAGGCCACCUUCUGCGGAUCUACUCUUGGUAAUAAACGAGGCACCCACUUCAGCACAAAAGACUUAGAGUCAAUGGGAUAUCAUUUUUGUGAUUCUCUAUUGGACUACUGUGAUCCUGACCGGAGCAAGUAUUUUAAGUGCCUGAAAGAAUUAGAAGAAAUGGAAAAACAUAUGAACUUGGAAAGAGGCUUUGAUGAUUCAGAUACUUCUCUAGUAGAAAUAUCAAUGGAUGUGGAGUCUAGUAGUCGAGGCUCUGACAGUUCAGAGUCUAAUGACACUCCGACUUAUCUUCUCAAGCUGACCUCUCAGGUGAAAAACAAGAAAAAGUAUCUGAAAACAAAGAGGGAAAGAAAUGCCACCUUAGCAAAGCGCCGGAAUUACGCAAGAGAGGUUUAUGGUAAAGAACAUUUGCUCCAAAGACACGAAGAAUCAAAUUCUGAUGUGAAAGAUCCAAGGCCAACUGUACCGAAUGUUUAUGUGGCUCAUUGUUUCAGAAGACCAUUGCCUAAUCAAGGCUUGGUGAAGAUUCCUGGACAUAGCUUUUAUGCCCGAAAAACGCACCCAAGCUCCCAACGUGUGAGUCAGAGUCUUAUCAAAGACCAACGGACAUAUAUUUUUGAAACUUGUAAGGGUCCAAUCCAGGAAGCAGUUCAGUCCAAAGGAAUCGACAUGUAUGAGAGUUGUUUCAAAGUGGCAUCCUUGAAGAGUCCUGUGAACAAACAAACUUCAAAUUGGAUUGAGAAGACAAGAAUACCAACAGAGUCACAUCAUGAACUGAAAAGCAAAGUAAAAAGAUGUGCAUCUUUCCAAAGCAAGAGAAGUGGCACAAAUUGGACAGAUGAUGAAAAAAGAAUCUACAGAGAUAAAAGAAUAGCUCAGACCCAGGAAAUACUACAAUAUUUACUCCCUAUCGUGGAAUCCUCUAAAAGCAUGAAAUCUACUCAAAUGAAAGACCUUUUCACUUCAGGAGCCGACUUCCAGCAACAUCAACUCGUUCCAACUGCUUGCAUAAAUAUAAGAAGAUACAGCCUACCUUGGACACCAAGCAGAAAGCUCGCUUUGAAAACCGGAAGGAAUCUUGUGACAGAUACCCCAGAAUGGCUCCAGCCUGUGCCCCAGAGAUCACUAGAAUGUUUAUCACCCCUCUGCCGUCUUCAGAAGAGGAAAAAGCAUUCUGAACUCUGGGCCAGACACUCUGAAUAUAUGAUGAAUAUAUAUGGCCGCAAACGGGAGACUAUUCCCUCACGUCCUAAAACCGAUGCCAACGCUGUCAGUGGUAACAGUCUUCAGCCUGCAGAAUCCACCCUGAAGAGCUCUGAGCAGACAGUUCCUCAUCCAACUAAAAGCAACAAGAAACCAAAUGAGAGUAACAGCUCUCUCCCGUUGCGUCUGAAGUUCCACAGCAACAGUUAAUCAAGCUGAAAGUGCUUCUGGGAACUGUGGCUGAUGGAGAUGCUCCGACACAGUAAAAAUCAGCAGCUCCUGCCCUGCCCUGCUCUGCCCUGCCCUGCCCUGCCCUCUUCACAUGCAUUUUCCUUAGAUGAAACAUCUUUCAGAGACUUUAAAAGAUCCAGAGGAAAUAUAGAAAAGUUAAAAAACACAUAUAUUUAAUUUGUAUCAACAUGGAAAAAAGCUUGAAAUUUUUGAUUUCUUGCAAAAUUGUGUGUAUAUAACAAAAAGAAACUAAGACUUGAAGAAAGGAAGAACAUGCUAUUAAUGAUUUCAGUCACUUUGAUGAACCAGCGGUCAUUUUCCAUGUUUCUUUUAUAUAGUUGGUGUGCUAUAAAUAGCACAGGAGAAAUAAACAAUAUUUCUCCCUUCUAGAAGAGCAUCAUAUAAUUGUUCCCAGGAGCACACAUGAUAGCUGGGCAUAGGGCACACGAUAGUAAUCCCAGCACUUGGGAAGUAGAGGCAGAAGGAUCAGGGAUCCAGGCUUUUAAAUGUUGGGCAACAUUUAAAAGCAGCAAGAUAAAUAUUAAUAAUAACUGAAUAGUAAAAUAGUAAUUUAUGUACCUCCAGUUAAUGAACUAACACAUAUCAGAAGAUGCUAACUGUACAGACCAAAGGGUGGAACCAAAUAACAUGGAAAUAUAUUAUGGUUUCAAAGUCAUUUUAUCUCAUAAUUAAGCAAAGUUUUAAAAGAUUAGAAAUGCCCUUUCUCCUAGGGCAGCAAGUGCUCGCCUCCAGCCUUUCACUCAAGUGGGUAUUUCGGAAGUAGGCCCUACACCUCACUUUUGUCUUAAGGCGGUGAGCAGUCAGGCUGUGGGGUGGGUGGUACACGCUAUCUCCCAACGGCUUAGGAGCCUGACUCAAAGAUCACAAGUUCAAGGCUUGUCUGGGCUACAGCAUGAGUUCAAGAGUGGCCUCAGCAACCUAAUGAAUGCUGUAUCCAAACAAAAGACUGAAACAGCACGGAGGGAAACGGAGGGUGUAGCUCGGUGACAGAGAACUACCUGCCGAGUGUGGGGAGACCCUAGUUCACACCCCAGUGUCACCCGAAAAUAGAAAUAAUACGGUGAGUACGAGGAGGGAGUCCUGCAACACGUGCAGCAGUGUGUCAGUCAGGACGAAGGCGAGUGAGGGAGGAAGCAGGCCGCCAGGCCUGGGACUCGAGAGGCACGGGAGACAUGACAUAGGUCUAAGCGGGAUAAGGAGGUUCGUGGUCAGUGUUUCUAGUAGCCGAAAGGGACUUGAGAGCUCACGGAGAAUAAUGCGAUUUGUUGGGAGCGUUGACCAUAAAUUUCCUCGCGAACCCUUACACACGGCAGGGAGCAACUGUGUUCCUCAGUAAAAAGGACUGUGUUUGGGGGGUGGGUAGGUAUCUGGGUUCCCAGAGAGGUCCCUAAUUUCUUUCCUGGGAAUUCUUACCCUGGUAACUGACACCAUGAAGGAGCACGAGCUCUCAGAGUCAGUUUGCCCCUGUUCUCGUAAACCAGGGAAAGCGAAACUACAUGCAAACCUAAACUUUUCAAUUGACAUUUGUUCUUUGAAACUUCGGUUAUAUGAAAGUUUGAGACUACAGACUCUGGAGUUGAGUAUCUUUGCGCGUAUAACCUCAGUAACAUGCUGGAUCCUCUGGGUGUGCAAGCUGAGGUGUGCGGUGUCUCCUUGAUCAUUUCACCAUUGAGUGUGCAAGCUGAGGUGAGCGGUGUCUCCUUGAUCA